UCUAUUCCAUGACUAUUCCACUAAAAAUUUCCAAAAAAAUUACAGUGCAAAAUUUUACUCUUUCACUUUUAUUAAUAUGUAGGUAUUAUUGAUUAUUAGUGUAAAUUAUUAGUGUGGUGUACCUACCUACCUACUAAUAACACCCUAGGUGUUAUCAGGCUGAAGUGAAUUAUAGUGUUUCUAUGCAAAUAAAGAGUUUUAGUUUCUACCAUUACGAGAGUGACGUUCGUAAACUUAUCGGUGAACUAAGUACCUAUUACCGGAGAACUUGAAAUGAAGAUAUUGUUACCUAUUUAUAAUACCUAUAGCUAUCCAUCUUCGAUUCUAUCUUCUAUUUAGUACAUUUUCUGAGUUUCUAAAUAUUGAUAGUUUUUUUUAAAUUAUGUUUGUUGGUUAGUUUUCUGCAAAGUAAAAGUCUAACUAAUCAUUUUAGAUCCUUAUUCAUUUUAGAAGAGACAAAACAAAUUGCUCAAAUUUGCAAAAAAAAUAUGUUUUGACUAACCAUAUCACAGGAUGGGACUUCCGCUUGAUCUGUAUAUUCGAAUACUUAAUUCUAUUUAUUAUGUUGAAGUAAUGCAUUGUGCGUGGUUGUGGUGUGCGGUCGUUGUCUGGUGGCAGGCGGAGCCGGUGGUGGCAGUGGUAGGAGGGGACGUGGCUGCUCCGCCCGAACCUGAUGCCGCCGUGGUCUUCGUGCAAAAGCAUGGUCGGAGCGCAAGAGUGGAGGGUCUUAAGAAUGACAAAUUUUCCUACUUUACGUUUUACGGGAUAAGAUAUGCCGAGCCACCUGUGGGUCUGCGGAGGUUCCAGCGUCCCGUGCGACGCUACUUAGCCGGAGAAUUAUCGGCCACGACACCCUGCUCUGUCUGCCCACAGCCUGGUUCUAACCUUUUGAACAUCAUUGGACGUGAAGACUGCCUGUGUCUCAAUGUAUUCGCUCCGAAAAUGCCUGAAAAUGAAAAAGGAUCUCCCGUGGUAGUUUUCAUUCAUGGAGGAAAUUAUAAAACAGGCUCGGCUUCUCCUUACGGUGGUAAACAUCUUACUCAGGAAGACACUUUACUAGUAGUACCACAAUAUCGGCUAGGAUCUUUGGGUUACAUAACGAAUGGAGAAAGAGAAGCUUCAGGAAACGCUGGGUUGUAUGACCUACUCAUUGCAAUGACUUGGGUCAAGGACUACAUUGAAUUUUUUGGUGGUGAUCCCACUCGAGUGGUGAUCAUGGGCCAAGGGUCCGGAGCCAGCACUGCAUCGCUCUUGGCGUUAUCUACGGAAGGUCGCACUGCAACUGGAGUAGCUGCGCUUUCGGGGACACCUUUAUCACCGGGUGCAGUCCAGUCCAAGCCAGAAGAUCAUGCUAAACAAAUCGCCAAUCGGACCAACUGCCCACCGGAGCCUGUGGAGCGAUUUAUCUUAUGUCUACGGAAACUUCCUGUGGAAACGAUUAUUAAGGCCGAUAUUGGCGUAGACACUAACGUCGAUACAGACAAAUUUCUGAACGAGAUCUCAGGAAGGUCAGGAACUGGCGCUCGAGUAGAAGGACAAUACGAUGACCGUGGCUUACCAACUUUGGUGGAUGAGCAGCCAGGUGACGUCCUGAAGAAGAAGAAGCAGCGAAUACCGCUCUUCACCGGCGUCACAUUAGCCGAAACCAGAAGAGCAGUUUUUGGUAAAUAUUCUAACUUCCUGAAGAACAAGUUGCGUGUGGUGAGCGACUUCAUAAAGAAAGAAAUUCUUGGCCGGCUACAAAACACGGUGAAAACAAUCAAUACAAUAGUUCCCGUCCAGAAGACUGCAGAGACAGUGCAGCACUUGCCACCUGUAGUAGGGUUGACGGAGUACUAUCACAGGGUUUUGGAUAAUGCUGUUGCGGCCGUCGAGGGCUUGACGAAAAUUGCUGAGGCGACUGGAGAUGCUCUGUUCAACUUCCCUGCUUACCAGAGUGUACGGGCUUGGAGUCUCGGCGCUCCUUCCUUCCUCUACAGUUUCGAGUUUGUGGGCAACCUCACCAAAGGCUCGCAUUUCCUGCCCGGAGUUGCUUUGGCCGAAAAUUCAGAACAGUCUGCCGAAGCAAAAGAAAGUGCAGUGAAGGGCCCCGCUCAUGGAGAUGAACUCGCAUAUAUUUUUGAUCCAUUGAAUGAAGAAGGAAAAUCCAUAGAGACUGAUGAUGUUUCGUUAACGGAUAGUCGAGUGCGCAAAGCAUUCGUCGGCAUGAUUGCUAAGUUUGCGCGUGACUUAAAUCCCAUGGGCAAAAAAAAUGACACGAAGUUUUUAGGGUUUCUACCAUUCUCCAAGGAUAACGACCAGUUUUUAAGAAUCGAUGAUAAAAUUUCUUUGGACAAAAAUUUCAGAUUUUGUCAAAUGGGCUUAUGGGGCAACAUGGGCGAGCGUCUAACGGGCACCCUUUGUAAGACACUAUUCGAGGGCUUGCUGAAUCCUUUAAAACUCUUAACACCUGUCACGGGAAAUGAAACAGGACUUGCAAAUCUGAUUAUGGCACCAACAGCGGGGCAAUUCUCCCAAAAUAACGAGAAGAAUCCUCCACAAGGUGUGGUACCUGUUAUAUUGAACUUAAAUAAAAACCCUGAGAAUCGGAUCAGCUCAAGUAAGCCGUCUGCUAAAGCCGAUAUACCUGGUGUCUUCGGGGUCAAAAAUUCAAAUGAAAACGACGACGUAGAAAGAGAAGAUGAAAGCAAUAUAAAAAGGCCGGUCGUAUCUGGUGUUAUAAACCUAAACACGCGCCAAUCUCCAAUAGCUGAACAAAAUAGCAGACCAGGAAAUACACCUAGCGUUAUUAACCUUGGUAAUUUUGGAUUUGGAAGAACUUAAAUAAUACAUAUAACCAGCUGUUGUUUUACCCUAAUUUAAUUUGUGUGAUUGACUGAAUGGGGAAAACACCAAAAUUUAGACUAAGGUCAUCCAAUGAAUAAUAUAGAGUUUAGUACAGGGCGAUCAAAACAUAGAUAGUGUCUACUUUUUAUGGAUUAAAUGUAGAUUAUUUCACAGAUUUUUUUUAUUAAAACUCAUUACGCUCCGUUUAUUGCCAAACUUAUUGAUCGGGCUGAUUCUCUUUCGCCCCUCUCAACCCCGGUUACCUAGGUUACAAAUUCCCCCGACUCCAUCCCCAAUAGCGCGAGUUAUUCAGAUGUAAAUAAAUAGGUAGAAUACCUUUAGAAAUCAAACCUUAACAAUAAUAUUUUGAUUGCACUUCAUAAUUUUUUUUCUAAAAUAAAUAUUGAAUUGGAAUGUUUUCGUAUCGUAAUAACUAAGUAAGCAAUGGAAAUGAUUGUAUGAUUUUACAGACACAAGAUUGAUAGGUCUGUAUGAAAAAUAAAUAAUAAUACUUAGGUUAUAAAGCUCUUACUUAUAUACGGAAUGCAAAAACAUGCUGAAGAGCAUGUUUUUAGUACCUACAAUAUACCUCUCUCACGGUACCUCCACACUGCCAUUUUGUUUUCUCACCAAUAUACUUUCUUUACUAGCUUGCUGUGCCCGCGGCUUCGAAGCCGAAGAUGAAUAGUAGAAACAUACUAAUCUAUUGCACAGUACCAGAACCACAGGUACACAGUUGAGAAAGCCGUAUUCUCGUGACUAAAUUCCUAACUCAAACCUGACUCAUAUUUCUUGUCGUGCGAGUGUGAAUACUAAGUCAACUGCUUAGAGAAAAAAAGAUAUAAUUACGAGCGGCAGAAAGUUGAUGUUUUAAAAACACCCUGUUGCACAAUGUAGUUUAUCUACAGCAAUGCGGGCAAACAUACCUAUGUAGGGUAAUGUUAAGUAGGUACUAUAUGUCAUCGACUUCAUAUAUAUUAACUCGUGUUCUGUUGGAGAAAUCAGUGCCAAAGUCAAAGAUCACGUAGAGACAAUGUGUCAAGUUGUUCCAAUCGUCUUGCUUAUCGCAUUCGUGUUUGUUUUUGGAUGCGCAGACUGCAAUAUUUUGAGGGCCACAGAUGGUCUAAAUUCAGAUACUCGAAAUGUGAAGACCGCUACAAUUGAAGCACCAAAACAUUCCAGAGCAGAAGUUGGACCUCUUGUUUUAGCUUUAGACAAAGAAUGUGUACCCAUUGGACAGUUUUGUAACAACCACAGCGACUGCUGUUCACAUUCCUGCUUGGGAUACAUGAAGAGAUGUGUUUCUGCUUCUGGAUAGACAGGAUGAAAUGACACGAAAAAUCUCUAUUAUGACUUGAAAGAUUGAUUAUGUAGGUACAUACAUAUAUAACAUUAUCUCUUAUUUCACUUUCGUGAGACGCAGAGAAAUGCAAUUUUAUUUAUACCUAUGUCAUAGCCUUAUAAUAAAUUGUUUAAUCGCGCUAAUCUUUGGAGCUGCCAGUGACAGAAAUCUUUCAAAGUCCAAAAUAAAAAGUUGAAGGAAGGAAUUCCGAAGACCACAACCAGAGAUGGGAUUACUUACAUACAUCCAAUAUUUUCCCAGUUAUGCCCCCAAAAAUUAUUACACAUUGUUUUUUUUUUACAAAUAUGUGCGUAUAUUAAGUAAAUAUGCCUGUUUACAAUAAAGAAUAAUUGCAAUUA